AUGAACAGAUUUACAAGCUGUCUUUUACUUUCAUUUGUAUUUUGUAGCUGUCCCAACUUUGGUGCUAGUCAGAGCCUUGAAGAGAUUUUCGAAUUGGGUGAAGAAGCUUAUAAUAACGAGAAAACAAAGCCAGUUUAUUUACCAUCACAAAAUGAAGCUUUCGACUUCAUAAUUAUUGGAGGUGGACCAGCAGGUUGUGUUUUGGCUAAUAGACUUUCUGAAAAUCAAAACUGGAGUGUUUUCCUGAUCGAAGCUGGUGCCACAGAAAAUAUUGUAAAUGAUAUGCCUGCAUUGACACGUUAUUUGCAAUUGACUGAAGCCAAUUGGAAUUAUAAAUCUACACCACAGAAAAAGGCAUGUUUUGGAAUGAAAGAAAAUCAGUGUGCUCUUCCGCAAGGAAAAUUACUGGGUGGAUCGAGUGGUAUUAGCUUCAUGAUUUACAACCGAGGAAAUCGAAAGGAUUUUGAUAAAAUGGCAGAAGCAGGAAAUAUUGGAUGGUCGUACGAAGAAGUUCUGCCAUAUUUCAAACUUUCCGAAAGAGCUGAUUUGGAAGAUUUAAAGUAUUCUCCAUAUCACAAUUCAUCGGGUUUGCAAAAUGUCGAAUAUGUUAAAUAUCGAACUCCUAUGGCUAAUGCUUUUGUUUUUGGAUCAAUGGAACUGGGAUAUCAAGGGAUUGAUUAUAAUGGAGAAUCUCAGCAUGGAACUUCUUACAUUCAGGCGACAACUUUAAAUGGACAAAGACACACUGCAGCGAAGGCAUUUAUUUUGCCAUUUGUGAAUAAGAGGAAAAACUUGCAUGCACUGACUUUUGCCCAAGUAACCAAGGUUUUAAUUGAUGAUACUUUGUCAGCCUAUGGAGUUGAAUUUGUCCACAGAGACAAGACCUAUACAAUCAAAGCUAGAAAGGAAGUGAUAUUAUCUGCGGGAACUUUCAAAUCGCCUCAACUAUUGAUGUUAUCAGGGAUUGGUCCAAAAGAUGUACUUGAUUCAGUUGGCAUCAAGCAAUUAGUUGAUGUUCCUGUUGGGAAAGUCUUGUACGAUCAUAUGUCCCAUAUCGGACCAACUUUUACUACAAACUCAACGGGAUCUACACUUUUCGUUGAUCGACUAACUUAUGACGAUGAGGCAAGAUACCAAGCAGGAGAUCCUACAACAAGAAUAUCCACACUGGGUGGCGUGGAAGCUUUGACCUUCAUUAAAGUUCCAAACUCUAAUUCUAAUGACGAUCGACCUGAUGUUGAAUUACUUUUUGAGUCUUCGAGUUUGGUGAGUGAUUAUGGAAGUGCUUUCAAGAAAAGUGCCAAUUUUAAGGAUGAAAUUUAUAUAAAAGGAUUUAAGGCUUUGGAAGGAAGGGAACAUUUUACAAUAAUCGUAAUGCCAUUUCAUCCUAAAUCAACUGGCAGACUUUGGUUGAAAGAUAGUAAUCCUUUUACUCCACCAGAAAUUGAUCCUAAUUAUUUUGCUGAAGACGAAGAUGUUGAAGUCAUGUUGGCUGGAAUCAAAGAAGCUCUUCGAAUUGCUGAAACAACUGCUAUGAAGAGUAUCAAUGCAACUUUGUUCACUGACAAGGUACCUGGUUGUGAAGAGUAUGACUUUGGAUGUGAUAAUUAUUGGAGAUGUUCAAUAAGAGUAUUGUCGUUCACGCUGAAUCAUCAAGUAGCUACUUGUAAAAUGGGUCCUUCAAAUGAUAAAACUGCUGUAGUAAGUCCGCAAUUGAAGGUAAAUGGUGUGAGGAAGUUGAGAGUAGCUGAUACAAGCGUGUUGCCAGCUCCACCUACGGCUCACACAAUGGCUGCUUCGUUAAUGAUCGGAGAGAAAGCUGCUGAUAUGAUCACCAUGGAGUGGCGGGAGUAUUAG